CCACAGACCAGCCCCAAUCUCCGCUCAUCUUCGUGUCGCAACCUAGUUGUGGAUCAUUCUUCGACACUUCGUGACAACAUGGCGCGUCGAUCAGCUCGUUUGCUCAAGCGUGAGACCACGCCCGACACCUCCAUGCGAUCCGAAGAUAGUUGGCAUACCGCCUCGUCGCCAAACCUAGGACUCCCGGAUCUUCCAGAGUUGCCAGAGCCCGGUAUGGAGCAGAAGAAGCCCUCGAAAGCCUCUGAAGGUACCAAGGCCGAGUCAAAGCUACCGCAUGCGACCGCUACACCCACAUCACACAAGAACAAAUCGACCAAGUUGCCCAUUGAUGCCGCCAAAAGCCAGACUCCCAAGGAUCGCACCCCGAUCAAGCCAGCAGGGCAGGAGAUGCAUCCCGCGCACCAUCAUGCGAGUACAGCUAAGAUUCUAGAUGAGGCGCGCUGGCUCGGGUUUCAAUCACUCGGUGCGCAUACCGCGCCGUCCAAAGCGGCUGGCUUAGCAGGCCAGGCGACGCCGUCGAAGACCCCAGUACCUGCUGCUUCGACGGCCCAGCUUGACUCGUCGCCCAACUUCCGCUUCCGCUUCAAAUCGCCCUUGUCCAAAGAUGAGGCUACACUGAGCCCAAGCUCGCGCAACAUCUUGAAAGACGCUGGGAUUACAGGCACUCCCGGCGGCGGGAGCCGUGCUCUGUUUGGCACGAGUGAAUGGUCUUCCAAGGCCGACGUAUCUCCCCAGCGCAAGAAGGCCGAAGCUAAAGGCAAGAUGGCUCGCUUCAGUGACGUGCACAUGAAGCAGUUCAAGAGCAUGGAUUCCAUCGCGAAUCACCCUUCAGCUUUCCGCGCCGACCCUACCCGAUUCAAGCCUGUCGUGGGCCAUCCUCUAAAGAAGUCGCCCUCGAAGCCAGACUUGGCAAACCCGGAGACGAACAAGCUCAAGCGUACACAAUCCAAGGUGGAUCUGGCAGAUUCAAGCGCGAGUUCUGCUAGUGGUCUCAAGCACACACAGUCGAAGAUGGAACUGGCAGCGUCUGGAAGCAAAAUUCCUUCAACUCCGUUGAAACGUACCCAGUCCAAGAUGGACAAUGUCGGAUCUAGUCUGCCACGCUCUCAUUCAACAGCCCGCAUGGCUCCUCCUACACGGGACGGACGACCAGCCCCCCGCGAUAACGAUGGUGACCACAACGCGGCGGCAAAGCGUAUCAAGCGUACCGAGUCAGACGAUGCUGCUACCACUCGUCCUGCGUCUCGGGAGAAGACGACUGACGUCCCAGCACGUGUAACUGCUACCUCGGCACGUAAGAAGACCUCUCAGACCGCGCUUCCUCGCCUAGCUGCGCGAUUGAUGACACCUACAAAGUCGUCUAUCGCGCGUUCGCAGAGUGUGAAGACUCUGAAGACUACGUCGAUGAUUCCAACCUUGGGAGGCUCACCUUCCACAAAUAACCUGGGAGUCUCACCAUCCAUUAACCGCAGCGUCAAGUUGCCUUCAACGGGUACUUCAUUCCCUCCCACUAGCAACAUUGGUCAUUUGCAGGCUAUGAGGGAUGGAGCACGUGACAGUAUGCUCAAGGCAAGCCAGAACCUUCAGCGUGUCCGGUCGAUCCUCCGCACGCCAAACCGCAAAUUCUCAGACGACCCUAGUAAAAUCGCGGCAGGCACUCACGUGUCACCUCCAGCUUCAGACUCCGAUAGCACUCUGCCUGUGAUUCCUGCUACAGCUCCUGUCAAGAAACAAGUCAACUUCAGCAGUAGUACUUUGGAGCGUGCAUCACACGACGAGCUGGGCAAAUCACCGUCACCGAUGAAGUUUAGAGCAGGCAGCGAAGUUCCUGCUGGUGCUGUAAUCUACCCUAACCUGGGCUCAGGUGCACAACACCUAGACCUUUCACAAGAGACUGAGACUCCUCUCAGCCCGUCACGACGUCUCACCUUCGGUGGCGAAACUCCCAACCACCCUCGUUCCUUCUCCUUCGAGUCUAGCAAGACUGUCAACUUUGGACCGACGUCUUCUGGUACGAUCCGCAUGGUCCGUGAGAGCAAUGUGUCCUCUGCUAUUGACGGUACAAAGCGCAAGCUGGAGACGCUCCAAGAGACGUCUGACAAAGAGAACGACGGCCCCCAUCAAGAUGAUACACGAUCCAACAAGAAGAUGAAGCGCACGCCUGCGCCUGUUGCGAAAACUCCUGCCAGCACGAGCAAGCUGCCUCGCCACACUCCAGCAGUACGUUCAGGUGCCAUCAGCAAGUCGAGGCUUGCUUUCCUUGCUACACCCAAGCGAAACAAAGCUUGAGCUUGUUUGCCUUGGGCCUUGAGCGUAGCUCUAUUGGGAUGUAUCGUCGUUGCAAGCUAUAGCUGGCGUACAUUGUCUUGUGAUACAGCGAACAUUGUUCUCAGUUCACGUAUUCUGUUUGCCAUUCGCUGGCGUAUCGGUUAUGAUGCCUGUGCAUCAUCUUACGACUCACGCCAUUUUGUUUCUGCCACAUCUUCUUUCCUUUCAUUCAAGUUUAUAAUUGCUUCGGAGCGUAAUGGUUGGUAAAGCGUGAACCUCAAAAUCUUCUCCUUUGUUUCUGGAUCUCAGGUGUCCAAUGGACAAUGAACAUUACGAAAACGGUCCUCAUGAUUAAGCUUAGCUUGUGUAUAAUACACUAAAUGAAUGGCAUACGACAGUCGAACACAGUGAC